UUGUAUGCUUCUUGGUGGGGAACGGCAAUGUGGUAAUGGCCUUUGUAAUCCUUGAAUGUUACCGCCAUGGCACAAUAAAAAACUAAAUAUCACACAAUGUUGUUUGUCUGUUGCUGAUUAUUGUAUAUCUGGUGUUUUUUGUUACUGGUAAAAGGUGAAAAGUAUACAAAAUGAGAACUGUCAAAUUAUUUCAAUUCAAAUACUAUAAUACUGCUCUAAGUAGAAAAUAUUUGCACAGUUCUAAUAACUUUAAAAGUGUUGUAACAAGUGAUGUGAGUGAAUUUACAGACGACACGGAUAUUAGUAAAGGUGCAAAACCAUACAAAAGUAUUCCAGGACCUAAGCCGUUACCCUUAUUAGGAAAUUCUUGGAGGUUUAUACCCUAUAUUGGCGAUUUUCAAAUUCAGCACAUCGACAAGGUAUCACUUAAGCUUUACCACAAAUAUGGAAAAAUUGUUAAAAUGGAAGGACUGUUGGGGAGGCCAGAUAUGCUAUUUUUGUUCGAUCCCGAUGAGAUUGAAAAUAUUUUCAGAAGGGAAGACGCAAUGCCAUUAAGACCUUCUAUGCCAAGUUUAAAUUACUACAAGCACGUUCUAAGAAAAGACUUUUUUGGAGAUAUUGGAGGAGUUAUAGCUGUACAUGGAGAAAAUUGGCAAAAAUUUAGAUCGAAAGUUAAUCAAAUUAUGCUUCAGCCAAGAUCAGCCAGGAUAUACGGUGAAGUAAUUUCAGAGACAGCUGAUGAAUUUGUAGAAAGACUAGAAGAUCUUCGAGAUCAAAAAUCUGAAAUGCCUGAGAAUUUUCUUAAUGAAAUUCAUAAAUGGUCUUUAGAAUCUUUGGCAAGAAUAGCUUUAGACAUAAGAAUGGGCUGCUUAGAAAAAACUCCCCCAGAAGAUACUCAAAAGCUCAUCGAUGCUAUUAACACAUUUUUUAUAAAUGUCCCAAUUUUGGAAUUAAAGAUACCGUUUUGGAGAGUGUUUAAUACGCCAACGUUCCGUGCCUAUAUUGAGGCCUUGGAUUGCAUUCGGGAGAUAUGUCUAAAGUAUAUACAAAUAUCAAUGGAGAAGCUGGAUUUAGAAAUCAACCACAAUCAAUUGUCUGUGAUGCAAAAAGUACUAAAAAAGGAAGGAAAUAUAAAGCUUGCAAGCAUUCUUGCCUUGGAUUUAUUUUUAGUGGGAGUUGAUACGACAUCUAAUGCCGUUGCAUCAAUUCUCUAUCAGUUAUCAAUAAACCCGGACAAGCAACAAAUUUUGCACGAAGAAAUUGACAAAAUGCUGCCAAGUCCGGAUACAAAAUUGACCAUGGAUAAACUUGAUGAAAUGAGUUACUUAAAAGCUUGCAUUAAAGAGACUAUGAGAAUGUUUCCGGUAGUAAUUGGAAAUGGAAGGCAACUUUCGACUGACUGCUUAGUUGGCGGAUACCAUGUUCCAAAAGGGACUCAAAUUAUUUUCCAACAUUUUGUAAUUAGUAACCAAGACGAGUACUUCAGACGCAGUCGAGAAUUCAUUCCAGAAAGAUGGCUGAAACAGUGCACUCUAUCAAAAGAACAUCAUCCCUUUAGUUCCCUUCCUUUUGGGUUUGGGAAGAGAAUGUGUUUGGGAAAAAGAUAUGCAGAAUUGGAGAUUCAAACUCUUAUCGCAAAAAUAAUUCGAAGCUACAAAUUGGAAUACCAUUAUAAAAAGCUUGAUUAUCACGUUCAUCCGAUGUAUACUCCCAACGGACCACUAAAACUGAAAUUUAUUCCCAAAGCUGGAGUUCGUAAGAAAAUAUAAAUAUACAAACUCAAAA